AUGUCUAACUCGACCGCCACUUCUGAAGAGAAACCAUCGGACGGUUCUAAGGCUGGGUAUUCGUAUGAAUAUGUUGGUAGAGGCAUCGGCCGCAAGGAGCCUGUAUUUGUUAAGGACAACGAGGAGGAAAUGUACCACUUGGAGCACUUCCUGAUCCCCCCACACUACCAAAACGAUCUGAAAAGAAUCAUGUUGCCGAAGGGGCUGAUAUUGGAUCGUACGGAGAAGCUCGCGAUGGAUAUUCGUCAAGUUUACGGCGAUACGGAAUUGCAUUUACUGUGUAUCUUGAAGGGCAGCCGUGGAUUCUUCUCUGAGCUGGUCGGGUACCUCAACCGCAUUCAUAGGUGUUCA